AUGGAUCAUCCAAGUAAAGGAACUCUCAGACUCAAGGAAUGUGUGGAGGCUAAUCCAUUAAAAGGAUCAUCCCUCAUCUUCAGCCUCUACUCUCAUAUUCACUUCCAGAGAUAUGACUGUCAUCCUAAGGGAUCUGGAGACUUUAAGUUAAAGGAAGUGGGGCCCUGCCUAGUGCCUAGCCACCCCCUGGCUGCUUCCCCACAGAAGGACGCAGUGCUGCAGGCCCCUGGCCCAGCCAUGGCCCCCUGGCGCAAAACUGACAAGGAGCGGCACGGUGUGGCCAUAUACAACUUCCAAGGCAGUGGAGCCCUCCAGCUCUCCCUGCAAAUUGGUGAUGUGGUACGAAUACAAGAGACCUGUGGAGACUGGUAUAGGGGAUACCUCAUAAAGGACAAAAUUUUACAGGGCAUUUUUCCUAAAUCUUUCAUCCACAUCAAGGAAGUGACAAUUGAGAAAAAAAGAAAUAUUGAGAACAUCAUCCCUGCAGAAAUUCCUCUGGCGCAAGAAGUGACAACAACACUUUGGGAAUGGGGCAGCAUCUGGAAACAGCUCUAUGUGGCAAGCAAAAAGGAGCGUUUCCUCCAGGUGCAGUCCAUGAUGUGUGACCUGAUGGAGUGGCGGUCCCAGCUCCUCUCAGGAACUUUGCCCAAAGAUGAGCUGAAGGAACUGAAGCAGAAAGUCACAUCCAAGAUUGACUAUGGCAACAAGAUCCUUGAACUUGAUCUGAUUGUCAGAGAUGAAGAUGGGAAUAUCUUGGACCCUGACAAUACCAGUGUUAUCAGCUUAUUCCAUGCACAUGAAGAAGCAACUGAUAAAAUCACAGAGCGUAUCAAGGAAGAAAUGUGCAAAAACCAGCCAGAUUAUGGAAUGUAUUCCCGAAUUUCCUCAUCUCCUACCCACAGUCUCUAUGUCUUCGUGAGGAAUUUUGUGUGCAGAAUUGGAGAAGAUGCUGAACUCUUUAUGUCUCUCUAUGACCCCAACAAGCAAACUGUCAUAAGUGAGAACUACCUGGUACGAUGGGGCAGCAAAGGCUUCCCAAAGGAAAUUGAGAUGCUUAACAACCUGAAGGUGGUCUUCACGGACCUUGGAAACAAAGACCUCAACAGGGAUAAAAUUUAUUUGAUUUGUCAAAUAGUCCGAGUUGGGAAGAUGGAUCUUAAGGAUGCCAACGCAAAGAAGUUUACCCAAGGACUGAGGCGGCCCUUCGGGGUGGCAGUUAUGGAUAUAACAGAUAUCAUCAAAGGAAAAGCAGAGAGUGACGAAGAAAAGCAGCACUUCAUUCCAUUUCAUCCGGUGACUGCUGAAAAUGACUUCCUACACAGCUUACUGAGCAAAGUUACAGCCUCCAAGGGAGACAGUGGAGGGCAAGGCCUCUGGGUGACCAUGAAGAUGCUCGUGGGUGACAUCAUUCAGAUCCGUAAGGACUAUCCGCAUCUGGUGGACAGGACCACUGUGGUGGCCAGGAAGCUGGGCUUCCCGGAGAUCAUCAUGCCAGGGGAUGUCAGGAAUGACAUCUACAUCACUCUCUUACAAGGCGACUUUGACAAGUACAACAAGACCACACAGAGGAAUGUGGAAGUGAUAAUGUGUGUGUGCACUGAGGAUGGCAAAACACUGCCGAAUGCUAUUUGCGUGGGAGCUGGGGACAAACCCAUGAAUGAAUAUCGGUCUGUUGUGUACUAUCAAGUCAAACAGCCAAGAUGGAUGGAAACUGUCAAGGUGGCUGUCCCUAUUGAAGACAUGCAAAAGAUCCAUCUGCGGUUCAUGUUUCGACAUCGGUCCUCCCUGGAAUCUAAAGACAAAGGAGAAAAGAACUUUGCCAUGUCCUAUGUGAAGCUGAUGAAGGAAGAUGGAACCACUCUGCAAGAUGGAAGCCACGACUUAGUUGUACUAAAGGGGGACAGCAAGAAGAUGGAGGAUUCCAGUGCUUACCUAACCCUUCCGUCUUAUCGACACCACAUGGAAAACAAGGUGGCCACCUUGAGUAGAAGCUCCAGCAGCAUUGGGGGUCUCUCUGUCAGCUCCAGAGAUGUGUUUUCCAUUUCCACCUUGGUGUGUUCCACAAAGCUCACCCAGAACGUGGGCUUGCUGGGUUUGUUGAAGUGGCGUAUGAAACCUGAACUGCUACAGGAAAACUUAGAGAAAAUAAAGAUCGUGGAUGGAGAGGAAGUGGUCAAGUUUCUACAGGAUACUCUGGAUGCCCUCUUCAACAUCAUGAUGGAACAUUCUCAAAGUGAUACAUAUGACAUCCUCGUCUUUGAUGCUUUGAUCUACAUAAUAGGACUCAUUGCUGACCGGAAAUUCCAGCAUUUCAACACUGUUCUGGAGGCCUAUAUUCAACAGCAUUUUAGUGCUACUUUGGCUUACAAAAAAUUGAUGACAGUGCUGAAGACUUACUUGGAUACCUCCAGCAGAGGGGAGCAAUGUGAACCAAUCCUAAGAACUCUGAAAGCUUUAGAAUAUGUGUUCAAGUUCAUUGUUCGGUCGAGGACAUUAUUUUCACAGCUUUAUGAAGGCAAAGAACAGAUGGAGUUUGAAGAAUCCAUGAGAAGGCUCUUUGAAUCCAUCAACAACUUGAUGAAAAGUCAAUAUAAGACAACCAUACUAUUGCAGGUGGCGGCUUUGAAAUACAUACCAUCUGUCCUUCAUGACGUGGAAAUGGUCUUUGAUGCGAAAUUACUCAGCCAACUCCUGUAUGAAUUCUAUACCUGCAUCCCCCCUGUGAAACUCCAGAAGCAGAAAGUCCAGUCUAUGAAUGAGAUAGUCCAGAGCAACCUCUUUAAAAAGCAAGAAUGCCGAGACAUUCUGCUUCCUGUCAUCACCAAAGAAUUGAAGGAGCUGCUGGAACAGACUGACGAGCAGCAACACCAGGUCCAGGAGAAGAGGUAUUGUGUUGAAUUACUCAACAGCAUUUUGGAGGUCCUCAGCUGUCAGGAUGCGGCCUUCACUUACCACCACAUUCAAGAGAUCAUGGUCCAGCUGCUUCGCACAGUGAAUAGGACAGUCAUCACCAUGGGGCGGGAUCACGUUCUGAUUAGUCACUUUGUGGCAUGUAUGACAGCCAUCUUAAACCAGAUGGGUGACCAGCACUAUUCCUUCUAUAUUGAGACCUUCCAGACCAGCUCUGAACUUGUGGACUUCUUGAUGGAGACAUUCAUCAUGUUCAAGGACCUCAUUGGGAAAAAUGUGUAUCCCGGAGAUUGGAUGGCCAUGAGUAUGGUUCAGAACAGGGUCUUCCUGAGAGCUAUCAACAAGUUUGCAGAAAUCAUGAACCAGAAGUUCCUAGAACACAUGAACUUUGAGUUUCAGCUGUGGAACAACUAUUUUCAUCUGGCAGUGGCUUUUAUCACUCAGGAUUCUCUGCAGCUGGAGCAGUUUUCGCAUGCCAAAUACAACAAAAUCCUGAAUAAGUACGGGGACAUGAGACGGCUAAUUGGCUUCUCCAUCCGUGAUAUGUGGUACAAGCUUGGCCAGAACAAGAUCUGCUUUAUCCCAGGCAUGGUGGGCCCUAUAUUAGAGAUGACACUUGUCCCUGAGACUGAGCUCCGGAAAGCCACCAUCCCAAUCUUCUUCGACAUGAUGCUGUGUGAAUAUCAAAGGAGUGGGGAUUUCAAAAAGUUUGAAAACGAAAUCAUCCUCAAGCUGGACCACGAAGUGGAAGGGGGCCGAGGGGACACGCAGUACAUGCAGCUACUGGAGUCCAUCCUGAUGGAGUGUGCUGCAAAGCACCCAACCAUCUCCAAGUCAGUGGAGAGCUUCGUGAGCCUGGUGAAAGGCCUCCUGGAGAAGCUGCUGGAUUACCGGGAUGUGAUGUCGGACGAGAGCAAAGACAACCGCAUGAGCUGCACUGUGAACCUGCUGAAUUUCUACAAAGAUAACAAUCGGGAAGAGAUGUACAUAAGGUACCUAUACAAACUCCGAGAUCUUCACCUGGACUGUGAAAAUUACACAGAGGCUGCCUACACGCUCCUUCUCCAUACUUGGCUUCUCAAGUGGUCUGAUGAGCAGUGUGCAUCACAGGUCAUGCAGACUGGCCAACAGUUCCCCCAAACCCAUCGACAUCUGAAGGAGACCCUCUAUGAGACCAUCAUAGGCUACUUUGACAAAGGAAAGAUGUGGGAAGAAGCCAUCAGCCUGUGCAAGGAGCUGGCAGAACAGUACGAGAUGGAGAUCUUCGACUAUGAGCUGCUGAGCCAGAACCUGAUUCAACAGGCAAAAUUCUACGAGAAUAUCAUGAAAAUCCUCAGGCCCAAACCAGACUACUUCGCUGUCGGGUACUAUGGCCAGGGAUUCCCCACUUUUCUGCGGAACAAAGUGUUCAUCUACAGAGGGAAGGAGUACGAACGAAGAGAAGAUUUCCAGAUGCAGCUGAUGAGCCAGUUCCCCAAUUCAGAGAAGAUGAACACAACCUCCGCACCUGGGGAUGAUGUGAAGAAUGCUCCAGGCCAGUACAUCCAGUGUUUCACUGUCCAGCCAGUGUUGGAUGAACACCCCAUGUUCAAGAAUAAACCAGUGCCUGACCAGAUUAUAAACUUUUACAAAUCCAACUACGUGCAAACAUUCCACUAUUCCCGACCAGUGCGCAAAGGGACCGUCGACCCUGAGAAUGAAUUUGCCUCCAUGUGGAUCGAGAGAACCUCCUUCAUGACUGCCUACAAGCUUCCAGGGAUCUUGCGCUGGUUUGAGGUGGUUCACAUGUCCCAGACCACAAUUAGCCCUCUGGAGAAUGCCAUCGAAACCAUGUCUACAGCCAAUGAGAAGAUUCUGAUGAUGAUAAACCAGUACCAAAAUGAUGAAAGCCUCCCCAUUAAUCCUCUUUCCAUGCUUCUGAAUGGGAUUGUGGACCCUGCUGUCAUGGGGGGCUUCGCCAAGUAUGAGAAGGCCUUCUUCACUGAAGAGUACACCAGGACCCACCCCGAGGACCAGGACAAGCUGAGCCGCCUCAAAGACCUGAUUGCAUGGCAGAUCCCCUUCCUGGGAGCUGGGAUUAAGAUCCAUGAGAAAAGAGUAUCUGAAAAUCUGCGGCCCUUCCAUGACCGGAUGGAAGAAUGUUUCAAGAACUUGAAAGUGAAGGUGGAGAAGGAAUAUGGUGUCCGAGAGAUGCCUGACUUCGAGGAGAGGCGCGUGGGCAUGGGCCGCCCGCGGUCGAUGCUGCGUUCCUACAGGCAGAUGUCCAUCAUCUCUAUGGCAUCCAUGAACUCUGACUGCAGCACCCCCAGCAAGACCACCUCAGAGAGCUUUGACCUGGAUGUAGCAGCUCCCAAGACUCCAAAAGUGGAGUCAGAGGACCCCAUCUCCCCGGGGAGCACACUACCAGAGGUCAAACUACGGCGGUCCAAGAAGAGAGCCAAGAGGAGCAGUGUGGUGUUUGCAGACGAGAAGGCGGCAGCCGAGUCAGACCUGAAGCGACUUUCCAGAAAACAUGAGUUCAUGAGUGACACCAACCUAUCGGAGCACACAACCGUCCCUCCCAGGGCCUCCAUCCUGUCUCAGAUGAGUUUUGCCAGCCAGUCUAUGCCCACCAUCCCAGCCCUUGCGCUCUCCGUAAUAGGUAUGCCUGGCAUGGACGAGGCCAGCUCAUCUUCCCGUCUCAGCCAGACCUUCCUCUCCAUCUCUGAAGGUGACAAGAAGACUCUCAAAAGAAAUAAAGUAAAUCAGUUCUUCAAGACCAUGCUGGCCAGCAAGACUCCUGAAGAAGCUAAGCAGGUGUCUGAGCUGCCACCCACUGACCUGUGAGAUGCUGCUACCAGGGCUGUUUAUGGGAGCCAGGGAGAGAAGUUGCCAGAAGAGGGGAGGCACAGAGAGACAUUGAAGCUUCCAAGAGUUGGGAGGCCCCUCCCAUACCCCUUCACUCAGACAGAGGACACAGAGGGGCUGAUCAAUGUCCCAGAACCUGAGUGUUACCCACCUUAGGGGCUGUGACUGAGGUGGUGAGGACCCUGCACCCCGAUUCUUGCCCACAGGAGGAACCAGCCCGACGACUGUCUCCCAUCUGCUCUCCCCAGCAUCCGAGGCACAUCCUUUUAUAGCCCAAUUUCUUAAGCCUAAAGUGCUGUAUUUUUAUUUCAUGUUCUAAAGGUUUCAAAAACCUUUUAAAUAUUCUUUUAUUUUAUUUUUGGUUAACAGUUUUUAUCCUUUCCAUUUUUUUCAAUACACCAACUAUUCUUUACUCUAGAUGAUUGUCUUCUACAUGUUGUUAUUACUUACUGACAAUAAAAAAAAGUUUCCC